AUGCGAAUACAUUUAAAAGGAGACAGGACUGCUAAGCAGUUUUCAGAAGUACUCUUAAAAAAAAAAGAUGGAAAAUAUCAGGAAUAUGAAGAAAAAAUUACUUUAUCGACCGAAUUAGAUUGUAUGUUGUAUUUUUCUAGUGCAAUUGAUAAAACAUUCAGCAUGGAUAGUUUUAUAUUAGACAGAAACCCUCCAAAAGACAGACGAAAUACUGUGUAUUUGAUUUUAGUUCUACACGGAAUAGGAAUAUUACUGCCUUGGAACAUGUUUAUAAAUGCCAAAUCUUAUUUUGUGGAUUACAAGUUUGGGAGCGAUUAUUUAGGUCAUGAUCUGCAUUAUGCAUCCAUUUCCAUGGCUUACUUGACUAUUGGCUCGCAGCUACCUAGUCUUCUAUUCAAUUGGCUCAAUAUAUUUUUUCCAAUAAGGUAA